AUGCAUAUGGAGGCAAUACUUUCUGUCCUGGAUUACCAUAAGAUUGAUAAUUAUAUAUCUAUAUGCGUUGGGUUAAAUUUGUUUACAAAUGGAAUCUAUGAUUUCCUAGAGGAUAAAAUAAAAACUGAACAUCAAAAAUUGUACAGGAUAUGUGCAAGCGGUACGUGUACGAAACAGAACUGUAGUAAAAGAUUUAAAAUGUUUAAAGAUUGGUGCCAGAGUUGCAGUAAGUGGAAAGCAGAACUAAAAAAACUAAAAAGUGAUGAAUGUCGCCAUUGGAAAAAUAUAAACUGGUUUCAACUAAGUUCGUCAGACUGGCCGCAAUCAAUAGACGAAAUGGCGAAAGUAUUUGUGAAGAACACAAGCGUAAGUUUUAUGCACGGCGUGUUUUACGAUUUUGGCGCCGUUAUGUCAAUAUUAACAAAUAUGUGUAUAUUUGGGUUCGACAAAACAACCCUGGAGGAUAUCAAACGCAUGCGAAACGACUACUAUGGUCAUAAUUAUACAAAUGGUAUACAUGACGCAGAAAAACGUAUUUUCUUUGACAAAUUGUUACGUUUUAUUAGACUACCAGAAGUAUGUGCAUAUCAAAGUGCUAUCAAAUUUACUCCUGCUUUGGAAGAAGUACAAAACACAGAACCCUUCGCGCAGAAAUUAUUGACGAAUCUUUUGAUUAAGCGUAGUUUAAAUGCUGUUCGUGAUGUUCUUCUAAAUGAUUUCCCAUGUCACGUUUCUGGCGAAAUAGCAAUGGUUGUUCAAGAUGAAAUGACAGCCGAUAGGCAGUUAUAUUUACAUUAUAAAAGUCGAUUAGAUGAACUUAUAUCUCCAAAUGAAAUUACAGAAGAAUCUGCAAUCGUAGACAGCAGACCUUUUGUACGAACUAAAAAAUUCAACUUGAACCAUCUAUUUCGAUUUCUGCUAUUUUCCACACUUUUUGUCACACUGAAGAAGACGAAAACUAACCCAGCAGGUAUUUCAUUUAAAUGUAUUUCAAUGAACGUUGUUAAUAUUCAUGUGAUAUGA